AGUGAGAGAGAAGUACCAAAGCUUUGGGGGUUGCACGACGGAGUCGACGCACUGGAAGCUCUUCGUGCUUGCGGCGGGAGCCUUCAGUAGCCGCUCGGACGUCGACCGGAAAAGCUCCGGUGCGUUACGUCGUUUGUCCCCUUUUAAAACGACGUUAUUCGUUAUCCUAAAAAAGAAAAGAAAAGAAAAGAAAAGAAAAGAAAAGAAAAGAAAAGUCAAGGAAAAAAAGAAAAAAAAAGAAACGGGAUCGUUUAAUCGUCGAAAGCAAACAAUUUCUUUUCCCGAUUGAUAUUAUAUUAUCCUUUUAAGUUUUAUUUUUCUCUCCUCCCCUUCUUCGCGUUUUUCGAUCGUGGCGGAAUUCUGCACAUUUUUAUAUUCUUAAAAACACACAAACGUAAAAAGUUUGUCUUCGAUAAGAUAGAGCAAAGAAACAAUUAUUUAGUUGUCGAUCGAUGAUUAAAAAAUAAUAAAUCAAAGUUGUAACUCUUUAUCUUGAUUCGAGAUAUUAAAUAAGAAGCAAAAGGGUGACAAGUGUUAUAUAUAUAUAUAUAUAUACAGUGUGAUUCGAAAUAACGGAUGGAUCGUUAUACGAUUGUGAUAUGAACGUGAUAUUAUACGCGGAAGUGUUGUUUGAGAUAUGAACGAUCGUCAGUGAUAUCCGCCAGUGUCACGGAAAGGCGCUCGCGCGUUUCUGUGUGUUGUAUGUGCUAUUACGACGGUGGGGUGUGGAUAAUUGCAAUCCGAGAUCUAUACGCACGAUGAUAAGUGUCGCGAAAUACCGAGCCGCGCGUCCUUCCCUUUUCGUUUCGCUGCUUUUCGUCGUGUUCGCCGGCACCGUAACCGGUGUUCGUGGAUUGACAAAUGUGUCGGUCGAUAUACCAAUUGCAGUUGCAGCUGGCACGACGGUCAACAUGAGCUGCAAGUACGAUCUGGAAACGGACUCUCUUUACGCUGUUAAAUGGUACAACAAAGCACACGAAUUUUUUCAAUACGUUCCGAAGGAGGAACCACCCAUACAAGUUUUCGGAGAUCUCGGUGCCAAAGUUGUGACUAAUCAGAGCAACGCCAAAUACGUAACCCUGAAGGAUGUUCAACCAAUUAAUUCAGGAAAAUAUCGUUGCGAAGUAUCCGAAGAUUUUCCAACGUUUAAUACUAUAUCGGUUUAUGAUUACAUGCAAGUAGCAAAUCUCCCUAAAGGUGAUCCGGAAGUGAAUAUAGAAAAGCCAAGAUACUCGGUGGGUGACACGGUCAGAGGUAAUUGUACCGUGCCAGCAGGAAAUCCUAAAGCUAAUAUUACGUGGAUGGUCAAUGGAAAUCAGGUAAACUCAUCCUUCGUAAUAAACAUCACGGACAAGUUCAUCGAUGAUCAUUACAUGGCUAUAGCUGGCUUAGACUUUGAGAUUGCUUCGAACAUCUUUACCAACGGCAAACUGCACGUUGUAUGUAACGCCAACGUCUUUCAUCUCUAUCAGAAGAAAGCCGAAGUCGUCUUAAUGGAAGAACGACCGAUAUUGGCUUCCGUAUUGGGAACACGUGAAUCUUCUUAUACUGGUAAUGCAGCAAGACGCGUCGAGGAGUGGUUUUGCGCAAGUGUACUGGCCACCUUGUUGCUGUGCAAUCUGAGAUAACAUCUGUGAACAUCGACUGGAUUUAUGCAUACUACUGUGUCGAAGAGGAAGAAAAUAAAAUUGUUUGUAAAAUUUCGAAAAUAUUAACACACGAGGGAAAAUGGAAAAAAAAUAAACAAAAAAAAAGAAAACGAAUCAGAAAGGGGGCGAAAGAGAGUGAAGAGAUGGAAGAGGGGAGAGAGAGAGAGGGAGAGAGAGAGAGAGAGAGAGAGAGAGGGAGAGAGAGAAAAGUUUUUCGUUAAAAUAAGUAUCGAACGUAUGUUAUUCGUGUAAAUAGGAUAAAAAAAAUUUAGUAAAAUAUCUACGUGUAUGCGACAUGCGUCAUCUCAUCGUCAAAUGAGAAGACUUUGUAAUCCGAAUAAAUAUGUCGUAUUAUAAUAUAUUAGGAUCGACGAUACGUCGCGCUAAAAUAUCGAAGAAUUAUUUCGAACACAUUAUAUAAUGUUUUUUAUCCUCCGACAAUGAUUUUGAUACCUCCUCUGUACCGUUGUACCCAAUACAAUGUGACCUAUCACGUUUGUAGGGCAAAAACUGUUAUCGUUUAUAAACGAGGUUUUAUUUCAAUGGAAAAUGAAUAAAUGAUUCACCUUCGUUAAA